CGGCAAUCAAAAGCGUUGGAAUACAGGUAGUUGAAGCAGGUUUGGUGGUAGAAUUUGUGCAAGGUUUCUCAUCUGUUUCAAGUGAUUGUGGGAUUACAGUGGUUUAGGAAAGUGGGACAUUCUGUUUGAGAGGUAUAAAAUAAGAAGCACCUUACCGGUUUGCGUUUAGUUUGAUCUGCUCGUAUAACAAGCUCAGGGUGAAGAAGGGCGAGGUAUAAACAAGGACCCAGAUACAAGGGAAAAGGACACUGAGCGAGGAUGUCGAAGCGCGACCACAAGAAUGAAGCAGCAUGGAGAGGCAAUGGGAAUGGCGCACAGAAGAGAUAUGCCUACGACCGCGGUGCCAUGGGCGGGUUUGGCAGCAGUGCUUCCAAUACGCGGAAGGAGCCUGUUCAGAAGUUGGACCAGUCAUAUCAGCAACAUCAACAAGCCCAUCAGCGAGCAUCGUCACAGCAUUUGACGGUAGUGCCUACACCGCGCUCUACGCUUGAGGAAUUCACAAGGCCGCCUUCCAUGUGGCAUCAUCGAAGCCACUCUGAUAUGUCUUCUAGGAUCCAGGACAUCAAGGUGAAGCCAGGGACCUUUAAGGAGAACGACUUUACCGCUAACUACAUGGUGACUGAUGAGCUACCGGUGAAUUUUGUUCGUAACGUUAAGAACCCGGUAGAGGGUUAUCCCAAGCUACAGAGGCUAUUCCAUCUGAAGGAACGCCAAACUGAUAAAUUCGCAUCAAUUCCCUACGGUGCUCGCGUAGAGCUCAAGAACAUGGUCCCCACGUUGAACCGAUGGAUCGUCAGGGAUAGAUUGGUGUUCGACGUGAUAAUGAUUGGUGGUCUCACGGAGAACCAGUUCAUUUACCAAUUCUUGGUACAGAUUCCACUGGAGAGGCUAUGCUCCAAACCUGGGUUCCUCUUCAUCUGGGCAUCGUCCCAGCAAAUUAAUGAACUGACCAAGUUGCUGAACUCUGAUGGCUGGACAAAGAAGUUUAGAAGAUCGGAAGAAUUGGUGUUUGUUCCAGUGAACAAGAAAUCUCGGUACUACCCAACCGGGAUCUCCAAAGAUGAAACAGCAGCAUUUGAGAGUUUGCAGUGGCACUGCUGGAUGUGUAUCACAGGAACCGUGAGAAGAUCUUCAGAUGGACACCUCAUCCACUGUAACGUGGAUACAGAUUUAAAGAUUGAGAAUGAAGAAGAGAACCAAAACCAGGUUGUACCAACCCAUAUUUACAAAGUCGCGGAGAACUUCAGUUCUGCCACCAGAAGAUUACACAUCAUACCGGCAAGAUCGGGCUAUAACAACCCUGUGAUUCCAAGACGUGGAUGGGUUAUCAUGAGCCCAGACAUAAUCAUCGACAAUUUUGAUCCUGCAAGGUACAAGGCUGAGAUCAUGAAGAUUGGAUCUAACGUGCCUCAGGACCAAGACAUUGAAAACAUUAGACCAAAGAGUCCAGUUCCACGUAAUGCUCAGUUGCACACUGGAGGUCAAAAGCAACAACAACAACACCCUAAUAAUCAAAUAGCUACGUAUUAGACCUGAAU